AUGGACUCUCGCAAUGCUGGUAGCGCAGAGUCAGCGCCGAAUGCGGAGGUAGAACCCGCAGGUGUAAGCGCUGUUAGCAGCAGCGCCAACCACACGAGAGAACGAUGCUCGGAGUCAGCUUCGGGCGAAAUCCCGGCGGCAAUCGCGGUCGGGGGAGGCCCGUGGGGCGCAGUAGGCGACACUGGCGGAAUGGGCUCGGGGGGAGGCGCAGGGGGGAGGGGAACGAGCCCAGCAGUGGCGGCGGGACUAGGCGGAACGCAGGCGAUGCCUCCGCAUCUGGAUUUGCGCGGAGCUGCGAUUCAGACGUUUCCGCGGGACGCUGCUGGCGCGCAGACGACCAUCGUGCUCCCGAAUCAACGGUCGGAUGUGCUCCAUUUCGCACUUGACAUUGGAGGCUCGCUCAUCAAGCUUGUGUAUUUCUCCCGCAUCCCUCCCCACUUGGAACACGGGGGUUCCUUCUCCUCUCUAAUAUCUCCUGGUGCCGCGGCCUCUGCUCCUGCUACCAGCACUGCUGCUGCUGAAAACACAGACGACACCAGCCAGACCAAUUGUGGUGGUGGUGGUGGUGGUGCUGCUGCUCCCCCCACUGCUUCUGCUGCCGCUACUGCAGCAGCAGCUGCUGCGGCUGCCGCUAGGGCGGUUGACAGGCGAGCCUCUUUUUCUGGAGGAGGGGGUUCGUUCCGGUCGGGUGGCGGCGGUCGGCUGCACUUUGUCAAGUUUGAGACGUCGAGGAUCGCAGAGUGCAUUGAGUUCAUCAAAUCCAAGAGGCUUCACAGCUUUGAUAUCUUGGGAAUGGGUGGAGACGAGGAGAGCCUAUGGGGCUACGGUGCCAGCUCACCCCGCAUCAAGGCCACAGGGGGAGGGGCGUUCAAGUACGCGGACCUAUUCAAGGAGAAGCUAGGGGUGGUGUUGGACAAGGAGGAUGAGAUGCGCUGCCUCGUGCUCGGCCUCAACUUCCUCCUGCGCUCCAUCCGAGACGAGGCAUUCACGCACCUGGAGGGCGAGAAACAGUUUGUGGAGAUGCACAGUGGAAACAUCUUCCCCUACCUGCUUGUCAACAUUGGUUCCGGCGUCAGCAUUCUCAAGGUGGACGGGCCGCAGCAGUACGAGAGAGUGAGCGGCGCCAAUCUUGGGGGCAGCCCAAGCUAUGCGAUGUGCUGCUCGUUUUUCACCCCUCCGUACACUCUCGCACCACUUUUAACCUCACAAUGUCUGAUUCAGGUGGACGGGCCACAGCAGUACGAGCGAGUGAGCGGCACCAAUCUGGGGGGAGGCACCUUCUGGGGUCUGGGCCGUCUGCUCACGGGGUGCAAGAGUUUUGACAAGAUCUUGGAGCUGAGUCAGGAGGGCGACAAUGCGGCUGUGGACAUGCUGGUGGGGGACAUCUAUGGCGGGCUUGACUAUGAGAAGAUCGGCCUAUCGGCCUCUACCAUUGCCUCCAGUUUUGGCCGAGUGGUGGGGGAGCAGAAGCAGCUCUCUGAUUACCGUCCGGAGGACAUAGCGCUGUCGCUGCUGCGCAUGGUGUCAUACAACAUCGGCCAGAUCGCCUACCUCAACGCCCUGCGCUAUGGCCUCAAGCGCAUCUUCUUCGGCGGGUUCUUCAUCCGCGGGCAUGCAUAUACGAUGGACACUAUCUCGUUUGCCAUCAAAUUCUGGUGGGUCAAGUUUCAGUGCUUGCAAUUAAGGUGGUCAAUCGCCUACCUCAACGCCCUGCGGUACGGCCUCAAGCGCAUCUUCUUUGGGGGUUUCUUCAUCCGCGGGCAUGCCUACACCAUGGAUUCCAUCUCCUUCGCCAUCAAGUUCUGGUCCAAGGGGGAGAUGGAGGCCAUGUUUCUGCGGCACGAGGGCUAUCUGGGCGCACUGGGCGCCUUCCUAGCACACGAGGAGGACGCGCACGCAGAGGGCCGCGCCCUCUCCCUCACGCCCGGCAUCGCGUCGCUGUCCUCGCUCACGCCGUCGCAGCUGGUGGAGCGCUUCCCCAUGGGCGCACCCUUCUCCAAGGGGGAGAUUAGAGGGCCUGUGAUUAGAGGAUUGAAGGAGAAGGUCUCAUGGGUCGAGAAGUUUGUUCAGGUGGGGAGUGACAUCACGGCGCCCACGCCCACAGGCAAGCCGCCCACCACCACGGGGCUGGGGGGCUUUGCAAGGCCCAGGGAGCAGGGCAAGGAGCUGCGGUCAGAUGAGUCGGCGCUCAGUGUGGGAGUGCUGCACCUCGUCCCCUCGCUGGAGGUCUUCCCGCUGCUCGCCGAUCCAGUCAGCUACGAGCCCAACACAGUGGACCUUGCAGACCCAGAUGAGAGGGAGUACUGGCUUGGAAUUCUGCAGGACCACAUUCCCAAUCUCGUGGAGAAGGCAGUGGGAAGCGAGGGGGCAACAGAGGAUGCCAAGAGGAGGGGAGACGCCUUUGCAUUGGCCUUCAGGGCUCACCUCACCAGAUUGCGCGAGGAGCCAGCAGCGUAUGGGCGGUUGGGGCUGGCAACGCUGCUGGAGAUGCGCGAGGAGUGCCUGAGGGAGUUCCACUUCUUUGAUGCCUACCGUGCUGUCAAGCAGCGGGAGAAUGACGUCUCGCUGUCAGUGCUGCCGGACCUUCUAGCCGAGCUCGACAGCAUUCCUCCUGAAGAGCGCCUACUGACAGUGGUGGGGGGAGUUCUUGCAGCAAAUAUAUUCGACUGGGGGUCGCGCGAGUGCGUGAAGCUGUAUCGCAGCGGCACAAUCCUCGACAUUUACCGCAUGAGCCGUGACAAGAUGAAGCGCCCGUGGCGGGUUGACGACUUUGACGCCUUCCACCAGCGCUGCCAGCACCGCCCCUACAGCAAGGCUCUGCUGUUUGUGGACAAUGCAGGGGCCGAUGUGGUGCUGGGGAUGCUGCCUUUGGCCCGGGAGAUGCUCAGAGCUGGGACCAAUGUGGUGCUGGUGGCCAACUCGCUCCCAGCCAUCAACGACGUCACAGCAGACGAGCUUAUGGUAGUGGUGGCUGAAGCUGCGCAGCACUGCCCUGUGCUUCGAGCAGCAGCAGAGGCAGGAGGGGUGAUGGCAGAGGUUGCUUCAUGGUCAGCUCAAGAGACACAAAUGGGACUGGAGGGGCAGCAAGGGGACGGGAGGCAAGCAACGGUGCAGUCAGAGCAAGCACCAGUGCAAAAUCAACAACAGGAGCAGCAGAAGCAGGAGGAGCAACAGCAGCAGCAGGAGCGACAGGGGGAUGGGGAGCAGCAGGAGGACGGGAAGCAGCGGCAGGUGUUUCUGUCGGUGGUGGCGAGUGGGUCGGGCAGUCCGUGCAUCGACUUCAGACAAGUCACGUGGGAGCUGGCUCAGGCCUGCCAAGGGGCUGAUCUUGUAGUGCUGGAGGGCAUGGGUCGAAGUCUGCACACCAACUACGACACUCGCUUCACCUGCGACUCCCUCAAGCUGGCGAUGAUCAAGAACGAACGGCUGGCAAAGAGGCUGGUGGGCGGCAGCAUGUACGACUAUUCUACUCCCGGGAAUCGCGCCGCGACUCCCGCCGGCUUUUCCGCCUUUCGUUCUUCCGUGCAGCCUACGCUUGCUCCGGAAAGCUCGCAGACCACUUCUUCCGCCGCCUUUGCCUCCGUUUCUUCCGGCGCAAAUUUUGCCGCAUCCAUCGUGCCAGCUGUAGCAGCUCCUAAAAGCUUCCAAGACAUGGCGGUAGCGGCCGGCGCGCCGGUUUUCACGCCGUGGAGCUCGCUAUUCGGGGGAGUACUCAUCGGCGUGGCGGCGACGCUGCACCUGCUGCUGUCGGGGCGCAUCAUGGGCGCCUCGGGAAUAAUCAACGGCGCUAUUUCGGGCGCUUCUGAUUGGCCCUUCCGCGUCGCGUUUCUCGCGUCCAUGUUGGCCGUCGGUUGCGCGGCGCACCUCGCGCUGCCCUCCGCGUUCGGCGCGCCCACCUUCCCCUCGCCCGCGCAAGACCCCGUCGCGUCCGUUCUGCUCCCCGCAGUCGCCGGCGUGCUCGCGGGAUUCGGCUCUCAGCUCGGCAGCGGGUGCACGUCCGGCCACGGGGUGUGUGGCUUGCCGCGUCUCUCCAUCCGCAGCCUCGUGGCAGUCUGCACCUUCAUGACCACAGGCGCCAUCGCAUCGACUCUCUCCAAUACGCUGCUGCCACCUGUCGCCUCGGCCGCCCCCGUUGCCCCGCCUGCUAACGCCUGGAUGGCUGCCCUUUCAGUGAGUGCGGCCUCGCUGCUGCUGCUGCUCAUCAGAAGCAUCGUGUCGCCGCCCGCCACACCUUCUGUCGCAAAGGACCAGCCACCCAAGGCAGCAGCGCCAGGGGCGGUGCCUCCUGUGCUGCUGCUCUCCUCUAUGCUCUCGGGAGCAGUCUUUGCUGUUGGCCUCACCUUCAGUGGCAUGCUCAACCCGGCCAAGGUGAAGGCCUUUCUGGAUCCCAUUCAUGGGUGGGACCCCAGUCUUGCGUUUGUGAUGGGGGGAGCCGUACUCUUCAAUUUAGUCGCAUUCCACCUCGUUCUCAAACAGCGGCAUCCGCUGUUGGUCCCAGCCUUUUCGCUCCCCACUCGGAAAGACAUCACCAAGGAGCUGGUCAUUGGGUCGGCUAUCUUUGGACUGGGGUGGGGGCUUGCUGGAUUUUGCCCAGCACCUGCCCUUGUUAGCGCUGUCACUGGCAAGGUGCCUAUUAUGGUGUGGUUGGCUUCUCUGGUUGUUGGGAUGAAGGUCUACAAUGUUAUGUACAGCUAA